AUGGUGGGGGAUAGCGACGAGGGCGUCAGCGAUGGCCAUUGGCGGCGGCUUACUCUUAUAAGAGCUGUGAGAUCCCUCGACGAGGACUCUACCAUUCCCAUACCCGACAAAAUCCACCAGCUUUGGUUGCUGCUCUCAGCCACCAAGAAAACGAGACUCCACGGCGUCGAAGAGAGUAUAUUGCGAUGGCUGUUCCACCAGAUGAGCGGCGAUGCCGACCGCGCUGAGCACGUUCGACGCUACCCUCUCACCUGGACCAUCUUAAGCCACGUCUUCCCCAAGAUCCCGCCGCAAGCACUGGGCAGGUCCCUCUCGUACCUCCGAUUCGUCUCCGUCCUGCAGCGAGUCAUAGCCGACAUUACGACCGCUUCUCACGGCGACAACGACACCCCGCAAACGAGGAAGAGGAAAAGAGACGAUGGUAUUCCUUCCGACAUUGACGAUCUCCGCACUCCGCAAGGCUGUAUGAAGUCAGCGACUGCGCUGUUCGCGGCGCUGAAUUGCCUCUUUACCCAAGGAGGCCAGCACACGGAAUCCAGCGCUUUAGAACGGAGGAUCGGUGCUGAGCAUAUCAAAUCGCUCUUCUCUUCCUCCAGUCAAGAGACCAAGGAUAUCGCCGCCAAGCUGCUCCUGACUUGCGACCGCUCACUAAGUGUGCUGGAAGCAGGCAUUUGCCAAGAUCAAGAAUCGUGGAUCAGAACUAUCACUACCCUAUGGAGCUUUCGCCUUCACAGUAAUUACGACUCAUGUUCGAUUUUAACGAGACUACGCGGCAUCACCGGGGUGGCGCCUGUGCAGGCCGGUGAUGAUACCGUGAAGGCCCUCUGGAUCCGACAGCUGGGACAGCUCAUCGGUGCCUACUUCAUCCGCCCUGCGAGGCGCAUGUUUUCUACCGACAAGACCGUCGAAGCAGUGAGGGAAGCACUAGAGGCGUCAAAGAGGAAUAUAGGCGGCUCGGCUAUCGUUAUAUGGGAGGUGGCGGCGAGAACCCCUAAGGAUUCGAGUGAUCCAAAGUCCAAAGCAGAGCACUCUUCAUGGACCCAAACUGUUUUUGAAACCUUGCUUGAUGCCGUAAAGCACAUGAUAUCCCUAGAUCGGAACAUAAUCGUCGCCCAGCUGCUGGAUAUAGCAAUGCGGACCAACGCCGUUCCCAACACGGAGAUUCUCCGUAGGGUAUGCCGGGAACACGUACUUUCAACUCACGGAAUCGAUUGGGACCUAAUUUCCAAAAUCGUUGCUUGUGAUGCUGACGUGUUCCUUAUGGAUGACGCCCUAAUGAAAGAUCUUUUUAGUAGGCUCGAUCCCGGAAAUAGUGGUCUCCUCCUCAGAGAGAACAUAGUGUCCAAAGCCAUACUUCCUUUGCAAGACGCUUUCGCAAAGGCCAGAAACCUGUCAGGCUUCAUCCAGAAAUGGCACAAUUGUCUCUGUAAGAGGGCCAAAGAUUCGUUGGAUCAAUCAACAUGGUUCGACCCGAGAAUCCGAGAACAGCUUGCUAGCAUCCUCGAAAGCUCCUUAACGGGCACGCAGUUGCUACGUGUCUUGGAGAGCAUCAACUCAUCGGAUGCGGAUAUUGGGGCCCUCUUAAUCAUUUUCGACGGGAUUUCCGCCGGAAUUGCCGGAGAGGAAUUCGUCAACCAUGCUGAUUCGCAGAUGUUUUCUGUCGUCUGCAACGACAGGGGCUACAAGAAACUUCCGUCCCCGGUUGUAUCCUUGAGGUGGCGCAUUGCCGGCCGGAUGGCCGCCUGGGAAACAUCCGACGAGGUCGACCGACUUUGGGUAGAAUUAAAAUCGCCCCUUAAACGCAUCCUGAAGAAAGGAGCAUUGACUGAACCCGCCACUUUCGAAGCCUUCAGCUGCUGUCACAAACUCUGGCUUGCUAACCACCCUGGGGGCGGAUACGAAUCGCGCCUGGCCAAGCUGACAAGUUUGUUUCUUGAGAGACUCGUUUCUGCGACGAAGGCCCAACCUGAUUUCUCUACAUUACGACCUUACGUAGAUUACGUUUUUCGUUACUUGCCGAAACUCACUGAACUCUCAAAACGAGAAGACGACGGUCUCAGGAAUCUGAUCGUUGAUCUGUUCCUUUUUGUCGAGCGGCAAUUCUCGAUCGAAAGUGACUUGAAGUUGAGCACUCCUCUGCGGUCACUCUUGCACAAUUAUGAUUUUGAGGACGACGAGUCAUUGCUAGAUGCUCUCAUAUCACACCCCCUCAACGAUCUUGAUGGCGCGGAGGCUCAACCUGGGUGGACGCAGCCGCGGAGCCUCUCGCUGCUCAUGGUCCUUCUAGAAUUUCCGCGCGAAGCGUGGACGAAAGCACGCCGCAAGCGUGUCAUGUCUUCGUUGAAGAAGUGGAGAUCGGAAAUCGCAUCUCGUGCAUCGAAAGACGAGCAGUUUGCAGUAGCUGUGCUGCGGUUGAUGAUCCAAGGUAUGGCGUUCGACGACCUCAUUUACAUCUCCUCGGCCAUGGCCACACAAAACAGGCUCAUCCACGCCUUGGUUGAAAAGCUUAUCGACUUGACGUUAAGACAAAUGGUCACUGGCGUCGAAGGUCCUUCACAGACAUAUCUCAGAGAUGCCUCGAAAUAUGUGAAGGACCUCAAGUUGGAGGGGGAGAAUCACCAAAUUGCUCACCUGCUUUUGGUAAAGGCCCUACUCUCAGCGCUGCAUAGCUCGUCGCCAAAUAAUCCAUAUCGUUCCGUCGUUACUGUCGACGAGAUCUCACAGAAGUUGGGACACUUGGUACAAGAAAACCUGACUAGGCUCGCAUCUAAAGGCAAACCAGUAGAAGAAGUCGCGGAAACUGAAUCACGCCUGCUCGAGAUCUCCGCAGCACUCAGCGGCGCUGCAUGCCUUGCUGAAGACCGCAGAGAAAUCCUGAUCGAGCUCCCAGAGCAGAUAAUCCUCCAAUUAGAGGACAUCAGCACAUCGUGUGUGUCGAGGGGCGUCGAGCUUGGUUGGAAACUGCGGGGUUUCCUGUUGAGGAAUCACCCAGAUCGGUAUGACAUGGAGUCUCUAUUAACACAGCUGGAUCAAGCAUCCCGGGCGAUCGACGAGAAUUUGGUGUACGACCUAGUGGACUCCUUCAUCCGAACUAGAGAUCGCGCUGCUAAAGACCAAUUGCUCGGCGAAUUGGUUGGUAGCAACAAGCUGACCAAGGGGCCUAUCGGGCCCUUGUUGGCUGUGAGAAGGCUUGUUGAACAUCAGGGUUACGGCGCCUCGUUGCCUGAUGGUGGGAGCCAAUAUGUCCCUGAUCUCGGUACUGUGCACGAGAGGCUUGCCUCUCUACUGAGCGAAGCCGAAUCCCUCCGCCAUUUCAAACAGUUGGCGGACAUUAUAGUGAUACUGCUUGAUAAACACGCCAACCUGAUGACCCAGUUCAACAUUGAUGCAACCAUUGGCAGUGUCGUCAAGACAUGCUCACAGACAGGCCCCAAUAUCCAAGGUCCUAGGGUAGCAGGUGACAUCUACGACAAGCUCUACAGGAUUGUAGCCGUCGUGCUUAAGCGCCACCGGCUUCGGCUCGGCGGCCAUUUCCCGAUCCUCAUCGCAGGAUUGCGGGCGCUGCUUAGCACGCUCCUCAUGGACCCCCAUUCCUCCUCGGCAAACACGGCGUCGUUGGAUAGACGCCCGCCGUGGUUGGAAUCGCGCCUACAACCGAGGCACGCAGAACGAUUCGCCCGUCUCGUCACACUGGUAUGCGAGCCGAGCGCAGCAUCGGUGGCCCGCUCGCGGUCAAGCGAGCUAGAGUCGGCCAUUGACGUAGCGAAGCGGGUUGCAGGCCAGGACAUGUUCAUCGUUCUACAGCUGUACAUAAAACUGCAGCUGGAGGUGAGUGUCCCUCGGGGCAUAAGGAAGGCCCUCGAGCCGGGCGUCUACUCCAUCCUCGACAUCACACCCCAGGGAUGCAGGAGGGUGUUGAACGAGUCGCUGGGUGCGAACGGACGCGCUAUAUUCAGGCAGAUGUUUGCGGAUUAUACGAAGUUCGGAAAGUGGAAUGGCAUCUAA